AUGCUUCUCAGAUCUCUUCUGGUUGCUACGAUAUCAUCACACCGGUUCCUCCUGUUGCCGGCGUUGUCGGUCCUUCAGUUUCUCAUAAAGCCACACACUUCCAGGCUUCUCAGCGUCGACAGAAACCCCAUAUUGCAUGGGGUACUCAAACGGACAUUCUACAAUCAGUUCUGCGCAGGAGAGAACGAGGCGGAAACGAGGCAGUGCGUCCGCUCACUAAAAGACCUUGGAUUCCGGGGCGUCAUCUUGACAUUCGCGCGCGAGACUGUCUUUGACCACAACAAUGCGCAAGGCACGAGCGGCUCGAACAGCUCACCCGAGCAGGCCUUAGAGGCCGCGGACUCACAUGAUGUUAGCGUCGAAGAGUGGAAGAAUGGCACUAUGGAAACGGCAGCCUUGGUAGACGCCGGGGACUUCUUGGCUCUGAAACUGACAGGAGCCGGCCCUCGUGUCACGGGCGCCUUUACCGCGGGCCACGAAGCGCCGCCGCAGAUGAUGGACGCCCUCCGCACGAUCUGCAGCGAGUGCAAGCGUCGCGGGGUGCGCGUCAUCGUCGAUGCAGAGUCGCAGCACUUCCAGAAGGGCAUCAGCCUCACGACGCUGCGGCUGAUGCGCGAGUUCAACGCAGAUGACGGUGUCGCCGUGGUGUACAACACGUACCAGGCAUACUUGAAGCGCACACCAGCAGUCCUGGCGGAGCACAUGCGCGCGGCCAUGGACGAAGGGUUCACGCUGGGCUUGAAGCUCGUGCGAGGCGCGUACAUGCUGUCUGACGACCGUAGCCUGAUCCACGACACAAAGCAAGACACUGACCAUGCUUACAACGUCAUUGCCCGAGGCGCACUGACGAAGGAAAUUGGUGAGUUUGGCGGGGCCAGAGGAAAGUUCCCGUUCCCGUCGACGAACCUGUUUGUUGCGAGCCACAAUCGCGAAAGCGUGCUCGGGGCAUACAGGCUGCAUCGACAGCGCGAGGCCGCUGGCCUGCCCACAGUCCCAGUCUCGUUUGGGCAACUGCACGGCAUGUCUGACGAGGUGAGCUUCGGUCUGUUGGCCGAAGGCGAGAAGGACAAUGCGGCCAUGAUGGAAGGACAGCAGCAGCCGUCAUUGUACCCUGCACGCGGACCCAGACCCGAUGUCUUCAAGUGUACGACAUGGGGCAGCAUGAGCGAGUGCAUUGCCUACCUAAUGCGCCGAGCUGUCGAGAACCGCGAUGCGGCUUCCGGGAGGCUGCCUUUCAAGACAUAUAUUGCCUGCGUCCGGAGCGAGGCUGGCGAGCAGCGCGUCCGCACCGAGCUCCUGACCACCGACCCAGGUGACAAGACAUUGUGCGUCCACCGGGGCGACAACGCUGCGGCAGUGCGGCUCUCCCAGGUCGUCAUCCUGGCUGUCGAUCCAGCAGACGUCGAGUCUGUCUUGUCACGACCAGGCAUGGCGGACGCCCUCACAGGGAAACUGUUGAUCAGUGUUGCGGCGGGAUGGACACGGGAGCAGCUCGAACACACUUUAUCCUCGAAGUCGAACUCGGCAUCGAACAAAGACGGCGUUAACAAGGUCUGGAUCGUCCGCACCCUCCCCAACAUUGCUGCCCUGGUCAGCGAGUCGAUCACCGCCAUUGAGGAGCCAGCCCCGGACUUGCCGCCAGAGCACCUUGAGCUCACAGAAGCCAUCUUUUCCCGCAUCGGCGAGACCUCACUUGUGCCUGCGCGGCUGAUGGAUGCUGUCACCGCCGUCGGUGGUUCCACACCAGCAUUCUUCAGUGUGAUCUGUGACGCAAUGAUCGAUGCCGCCGUAGCGGUCGGGCUGCCGCGGGAGAUGGCGCGCGUAAUGGUCGUGCAGAGCAUGAAGGGCAGUGCGGAGAUUAUGCAGAGCGGGGGAUUGACACCGGCGCAGCUGCGGGAUCAGGGGACGAGCCCGGAGGGCUGCACUAUCGGUGGCCUGAUGGUGCUUGAAGAAGCUGGUGUGCGAGGCCAUGUCGGCAGGGCGCUGAGGGAAGCGGUCACGGUGGCGAGGCUGAUGGGCAAAGUUGCGCACGUCAAUGACACCCGGAAAUCAUGA